AUGGAUAGAAGAUGUUUUAUUGAUAUAAAUGGUAAUAUAUCCCGAUGGUUUUCAAUUGAGAAAGACGACCCACAAGGUAGUGUAUUAACUCCUACUGUAUUUAUUAGCUAUCAUAAUGAUAUGGGUCAAUUUCUUUCUGAAUGUACUAGUCAUUUUUUCGCUGACGAUGUUGCUGCUAUAUUUUCUGGACAAUUAGAAGUACGUUACACAAGCCAAUGUAUCGAUCUUGAAAGACGUGUCGAAUCUUUUCUUGACUCACUCGAAUAUUAUUCAUGCUUAGCUGAUCAACACUUAAAUAGGACUAAAACUGAAGCAAUGUUUAGUGCGCGUGCUAUAGGGUCCCCGAAAUUUAAUAUUAUGUUUGAUAGUGGUGAUGGCAAUCACUAG